CAAUAAUAUUUAAAUUUAAAAAAGAGGGUAAUUUCAAAAUGUCUGGAUUCAGAAAAUCAGGAGUAACAAGGCCAAAGAAGAGAACAGAACUCACCGAAGAGCAAAGACAGGAGAUCAAAGAAGCCUUUGAUCUAUUCGACACAGAAGGGUCUGGAACUAUUGACUCAAAGGAGCUUAAAGUAGCCAUGAGAGCUCUUGGUUUUGAGCCCAAAAAAGAUGACAUCAAAAGGAUGAUCUCUGAAUUAGAUGCUGAAGGCAAUGGAGUUAUUGAAUUUGGCCAAUUCUUGGACCUAAUGACUAUCAAGAUGGCUGAGAGAGACCCUAGAGAAGAAAUGAUCAAAGCAUUUAGGCUCUUUGAUGAAGAUGAAAGUGGAGCCAUCUCAUUUAAGAACCUUAAAAGAGUCGCCAAAGAACUCGGAGAGAACAUGAAUGAUGAUGAGAUCCAAGAAAUGAUCGAUGAGGCUGACAGAGAUGGCGAUGGUGUCAUUAACGAAGAUGAAUUCGUCAGAAUCAUGAAGAAAACAAACCUGUUCUAAAUUUAAUUCUUGCU